AUGUUCAAUACAAGAGAUGUGGAAACAGAGUUAUUUAUUUCAAAAAAAAUAAAGAAAUUUCUCGUCUUUGAUUGCUAUACUGAUAAUAUUUUAGUUAUUUCACUUGAAGAAAAUGAACAAGUCAAUUGUAAAUUAACUGAUUUUGGAAGUGCAAGAAAUGUUAAUUUAAUGAUGACAAAUAUGACAUUCACAAAAGGAAUUGGUUCACCAAAAUACAUGGCACCAGAAAUAUUAAAUAAAGAACAUUACAAAAUGCCAUCAGACAUAUAUUCAUUAGCAAUAACAAUGUAUCAAACAUGGAGUUGGAAAAAUCCAUAUGAUAAAGAUGAAGGAUCUCGAUUUAAAUAUCCAUGGAAAAUUGCUGAAUUUGUGACUAGUGGAAAAAUGCUAUUGAAACUUGAAGAUAUACUAUACUUAUAA